CGUUGAUGGAUAAUAUACCACAAGCAUAGUACAUAUUUUUUGUUUAACUUUUUAAGGAAAAAAUAUGUUCUCACAGACAUUAUGAAAAAACGUAAACAUCAAUCAAGUCUUAAUGAAGAGAGAGCACGUUAAAUUAAAGAAAGAAUUUAGAAAAAAAAAUAAAAAACUAAGGAUUUUAUUCAUCCUGAAAAGUUUGUCGAUUAAUAUCGCAAACAAUAAACAGCAUAUUCAUAUUUUAAAAGAAAAGUAUACUAAUAACUUAUAGUAAUUUAGGAACGUAAAUAAAAUUUAGAAACACUUGAUAUAAAAUCUAUUCCAAUUAAUAAAACAUUACUUGUGGUGAGAAUUAGAGGGUAUACAAUUUUUACUAGAUUAUUUUAGUGUUAAAGAUAUUUCUGAUAGACAAUAAAAAAUACUAAAGGAAUUAAGAUUAAGCAAGGUCAAUACAGCUGUAUUUGUGAAGACAACAGUCGACAUUUGGAAGAAGUUAAAAUUAGUUGAAAAUUAUAUUACAUAUGGGUAAUUAAUUACACCAUAUUUAUAUAGAUUACCAACAAGAUAAAUUAUUAAUGAUUUGAUUGUUAAGAGAGGACAUAUAAUGAAAGAAAAAGAAAUUAUUGCAUUAAAAUCUAAUGAAAUCAUAGAAGAAUAUAUGAGUGAAAAAGAUAUUAUUUGUGUUGAAGACAUUGUUAAUACAAUUGCAAAUGCAUCAGAAAAUUUUGAUUUUGUUACCAAAUUCUUAGUGUAUUUUAUAAAAUCAUAUUUAGACCAUUAAAAUUAAAUCAUCCAGAAGGAUAAUUAAAAAGUGGUAGAAUUAAAAAACCUUUAUCAAAAUAGGGAGAAUGGGGUUAUAGAGAGGAAAGAAUUAAUAGCCUUGUAGAAAAUAUGAUUUGA